AUUUGGUUUGCAAGACGGUCGCACCAUAUGAUAGUGUUCGGGAUUUACCUGACGCCUGUAUGACAGGCACCGUCAUUCCAGAUGCUUUCCGACUUUUGCCCACUUAGCAUUCUUCCACCAUCAGGAGAGAGAGACCUAUGACAACAAACGCAGGAAAAUUUGACUACAAGGAUGCUCGUCGUUACAAGCAUACCCGCAUAGGUGUAUGGGAUCUCUACGAGGAACGCCGAACACGCAUACGGACCUCACCGAUAUUGAAGGCAUGCGCGCAGAUAAUUCAAAGUGCUCCACUUCUGGUUCGCAUAUUCAAGGAUGUACUCGGUAUCAGACGAUGCUCCGUGCUUCUCUCCGCAUACCUUGUCGUAAGCGGUUUAGCUUCCCUCAUACCCGCUGUUUCCCUGUGGUACUCCGGACAAUUGCUCCGCCUUGUGGAGACCGCAAUGGAGACACGCACUGUGGACACGACGGUGCUCGUACAUUUUGCGGUGGCACGUCUUAUAUGCACAGUUGCUAUGCGCUUCCUCGGAUACCUGCGAGACAGCAUAAGCUCCUCUCUGAGGUUGUACAUCAAACAAUCCUACAAUGAGCGAUUGUUCCGCUCAGUUGUCCGCCUCGACCUAACCGCAUUCGCAUUUACGAUGACUUAUCGCGCGGACACAAUGAACGAAAUCGACUGGGGUUAUUGGAACAAUUCGGUUUGGGACACUAUCAACACACUGACGGACAUCGCAAUGACACUCAGUCGUCUGCUCUCUCAGCUUUCGGUUCUGAGUACAGUCAUGUGGGAACAACAGGAUGUGGUCGGAUCUUUGGAUUGGACCGCGACAACGACCAACGCGGAUUUUGCUUGCAUGAAAGGGCUGACGAAUUUUGUUACUGGGUCCUCAUACCGCCAGGAGCUUGUUGCAGGCAACCUCAGCGAACACAUCAGUGCACGAUUUCGCGAAGCAUCCCAACGCAUCGGUCGCAAUAUGGUUGAAUUUCCACUGCUGAAACAAUUUCGUUCUUUGAAGGACUGUCUGAGCAUCACGUUCAUCAUCAAAGAAACAAUGCAUGUGCUGCCUCAGGUCGUCUUUACCUUGCACGUAGUGAAAAAUCCAAUGAAAACUCCCCUCUCCUUGGCAUCACUCAUAUGGAUCACACAUGCCUUUAAUCCAUCCGCUGACAUAGACGUCUUGUCAUUUAACACGUUGUCCCUUGCGAAUCAUGUGCCCAGAAUACAUGCGGUAUAUGAAAUAGAGAACAUGCAGAAUAAGGUCGUAGAUGGCACGGAACCGUUCCCCGAGAAUCAACAGUCUCUUGCAAAUGGUAUUUCUGUCGAGUUCAGGAAUGUUUCGUUCCAGUACCCUGGUCGGGACAGGUGUGCUCUACGGAAUGUAUCGUUCAAGAUCGAGGCCGGUCAGUUAUGCGUCGUUGUUGGCGUGAACGGUUCCGGAAAGAGUACGAUUUUGAAACUGAUCUCCCGCAUCUACGACCCAACAGAGGGUACCAUUCUCGUUGACGGUCGUGACAUCAAAGCCUUCAGACUUGCUGACCUCCGUGCUGCUAUGUCCAUCCUCUUUCAAGACUACUCGGAAUUUCCCCUCUCCAUGCGCGAUAACAUCGGGCUUGGCAAUCCCGACCUCGCACAUGACGACGACAAGAUUCGCGAGGCUGCCCGUCUCGGCGGCGCAGAGGACUUCAUCGACGAGUUCCCUGACGGAUUCGAUACCUACCUCAGCCACCCCGUGUAUGAUUACAUUUCCGCGACGCGCUUUGAGGGACCCAUGCGAUGGGGUUUCAGUGACGCUGUACCUGUUUCCAAAACUCCAUACCUUGAAAUCAGCCGUGGGCAGGCACAGCGGCUUGCAAUCUCCCGCACAUUUAUGCGCUCAUUGGUCUCUGAAACUGAGUCUUCCGCUGGCAUGCUGUUAUUCGACGAGCCGAGUGCCUCCCUGGAUCCUACGGCCGAAUAUAGUGCGCUGCCCUGUUUAUUCGAGAUUCCAAUUUAGAAGUAUUUAUGACCGGUGGAAAUAGGUCUCUUCGAGCGUCUACGGAAGUUGAGGGGUAACAAGACCAUGAUAUUUUCCACUCACCGGUUUGGAAAUCUCACCCGACAUGCGGACCUCAUUUUGUACAUCGACGAAACUGUCCAGGAAGAAGGGACGCACGAUGAACUCAUGAA